ACCACUGCUUUGGGCAACCGCUUCACUUUCUGCCGUCCAUGUUUCUGCCUCUCUUUAUAAUGGUUGAGGUUUGAAAGGGGUGUGGCUUUGAGGGAGGCGUGGUUUGUGGUGUCUGAAAAGUAAAAUGGCGGACGUUGAUGGGAUGGGCCUCUUUUUGUGAUUUUAAAAAGAAAAACAUAUGACUCGGUUUUGAAUGUAACUUCUGUGUCGCGUAGGAAACAACCGUGAUCGGAACACAAUGGAUUUUAUUCCACACAACGGAUAAAGAACCGAAGCUUUUAAUUUUAGGUGCGUGUUGAGGCGGAGGGAUCAACUCUGAAUGUACCUUUUAUCCCGAAUUUGCCCAUUUAUUUCUAUCAGGAAGACAGGGUCCCUCCCUGAUCUGUUCAGGUGUGGCCCCCUGCCCUGACCGCCUAGCUCCAGGUCACGGGCCCACCUGUCUCCGGGGCCCAUGGACUUAUCACCCGCCGCGGGCUUCAAGAAGAGGCCCUCGGCCCCUUCUCCAAAUGGGCACAUGGACGUGGCAAAGAGCCCCCCUCCCUACUCCCCCACCUCCAGCCCCUCGUCCCCGUCCUCCUCGCCCUCCUCCCCCUCGUCGGUGUCCUCCUGUCCCAGCGCCACGGCGACGGGCUGUCCCGACGACGUGAAGGACCCCCCGGACGGCGGCGGCGGCGGCAGGGCCAGGCUGUCCGGGGACACGGUGUCGUCCACCUCGGCCUCGGUGCCGUCCCUCUCCAGCUCCGCCUUCUCCUCCUCGGACCGCCCCGGCCCCGGGCGCCGCGCGGCCGCCGACCGGCCCCCGGAGCGGGGCUGCAGGGAGAUAUACGACCCCUUCCACCCGACGGACGGGGAGCUGGACGGGAGGGCCAUGGAGGACGACGAGGACGACGACGACGACGACGAAGGGGACAAAUACGACCCCUUUGACCCCACGGGCUCGCCGGCGUCGGACGGCGAGGCGGGGCCCAGCGCGGACGAGCGGGGGGGGAAGAGGGGCGGCGGCGGCGGCGCGGGAAAGAAGCCGAAGAAGGAGCCGCCCCCGGACUCCACCGCCCUCCUCCUCCCGCGGCCCCUCAUCAAGCUCUCGCUCCGGCGGCGGCUGGACCGGGCCCCCAACGCCAGCCAGCGGGAGCGCGGCUGCGACCUCUCGGACCACUCCGAGAUCGAGGAGGGGGAGAUCGUCCCCUCGGUCAACGAGGCGGUCGGCGGCGGCGGCGGCCAGCGGGCCGCCAUGAUGCCGCCGCUGCCCUCGGAGGGGCCGUUCUCCGUGGGCACCAAGCCGGAGCGCGUCCUGCGGCUGCUGGACAGCGACGGCUUCGUGUCGGUGCGCACGGAGAGCGCCUGGCCCGCCGACGGCUCGCUGCAGGACGACGCCGUGGUGGUGGGCGCCGGCGACCUGCGGCGGAAGCUGGUGAGCCGCCGCAAGGAGCGCUUCCGCAACGGGCCCGCCGCCCCCGCCUCCUCCUCCUCCCUGUCGCCUCAGCCCCAGCCGGCGCCGCCCCCGCCGCCCCCCUCGCUGCCCCCCUCCUCCUCCCCCCCGGGGUCGCCCGCCCCCCUGCUCAUCGCCCUGCCCGCCGCCGCCCCGCGGGGCAGCAAGAGCCGCAAGUCGUCCAAGAGCUCCAAGGACCGGGACCGACGCAAACGCAAGGAGGGCAAGGGAGGGGGCGACAAGGAGGAGAAGAGGAAGAAGAGCGCGGCGGCGGCGGCGGCGACGAAGGAGAGGGCCAAGGAGAAGGCCAAGGGGGAGGGGAGUCGGGACAAGAGCCGGGAGCGGGACCGCAGGGCGGCGGACAGGAGGGAGCGGGGGCCCGAGGGGGCCGGGGGCCGACCUCGGAGCAGCAGCAGCAACAGCCGCCAGAGGAAGAAGAGGAGGCACAGCAGCCCCGAGACGUCGCGCUCGCACAACUCGUCGGGGCGCGGCGCACACAGCCGGCGCUCGCUCUCCAGCCCCGACAAGGAGCGGCCGAGGGAGAGGGACCGCGAGAGGGACCGCGACCGGGACCGCGACCGGGACAGGGACCGGGACAGGGACCACGACCGGGACAGGGACCGGGACAGGGACCGGGACCACGAGCGGGACAGGGACCACGACAGGGACCACGACCGGGACCACGACCGGGACCACGACCGGGACCACGACCGGGACCGGGACAGGGAGCGAGACCGAGAACGAGACCGAGACAAGGAGAGGGACAGAGGCCGAGGGCGGAGCGGGGACCGCGCCCGCCGCGCCAAAGACCGGAAGGACCGGGACUCCAGCCACGGCAAGCGGGAGCGGGACCUGGACCUGGACCGGGACCGGGAGGGCAAGGAGCGCUCCAGCAGCAGAGAGCGCUCCGGCACCAAGAAGUCCAAACACGGGCGUGAGGGGCGUCGGCGGGUGGAGGAGGUGGUGGCGGAGGAGGAGGAGGCGGAGCGCGACGGGCGGCCGUGGGAGCGGCGGCGGCGGCGCGACGGGCGCCCGGUGGUGCCGCCGUCCAUCCAGGACCUCAACGGCGCCGACCUCUUCGCCAUCAAGCGCACCAUCACGGUCACCACCACCGUCCCGGGCUCGCCGCCCGAGCCCGAGCCCGCCUCGCCCCCCAGCCCCGCCCCCGCCCGCGGCGCGGACCGCUCCCUCAAGAGGAAGAAGAAGAGGAAGCGGCGGCAGGCGGAGGAGGCGGCGGCGGAGGGGGGCGGCGGCGGGGGGGGCGGGGCCUACCGCAGCCGCUCGCGCUCGCCGCCGCGCUACCACAGCUACGACUCGGACCACUACUCGGACAAGCUGGAGAUCGACCUGCGCUCGCUGGACGGCGAGGCGCUGGACUCGGACUACCCCUCUCUGGAGGACACGCCCCCCGCCGCCCUGCCCCCCGAGCCGCCGCUGCGCUCGCCCAAGGCCAAGGCCGCCGCCGCCCCCAAGGCCGGGCGCCACCACCCCAAGAAGAAGUCCCACGACGCCAAGUCGCGGGACGUCCCGGCCGAGUCGUCGGCCUCCUCCUCCUCUGCGGCGCGCACCAAGAGCAAAGGCCCCUCCCCGGCCCCCCCGGGCCCCGCCGACCCCCCCGCCCCCCCGGCCCCCAAGCGCGGCCGCAAGGCGGGCAAGGACAAGGACAAGGAGCGGGACAAGGCGGGCCGCAAGGACUCGGCCCGCUCGGGGGGCAAGGCGCUGAAGAAGGAGGGCGGGGGCGGGGGCAGGAAGGGCAAGCUGCAGUCCAAGGUGUCGGUGAUGGUGAGGGAGGGGGUCAGCAGCACCACGGGGGCCCCCAACAGCGCCGGGAAGCUGGGCAUGGACCUGGGGCCCACCACGGGCGGGGGGGGGGGCCCCGUGGUGGGCGGCUCCAUCGCGGUGGUGUUCCGCCGGGACAACGAGAGCCGGUCUCCGUUCCUGAAGCCCUGCUCGGAGCCCCUCUCGCUGGCCGGCCGCGGCAAGGAGCCGGGCAAGAGGGGCAAGCGCAGCGCGCUGGCGGCCCCGCCCGCCGCCGCCGCCGCCGCCAGGGCCAAGAAGGCCACGCCCAGCUCCACCACCUCCACCUCCUCCUCCGCCUCCUCGCCCUCCUCCACGCUCGCCACCAAGCGCCGCCGCCGCGCCGCCAAGAAGCCCAAGGACCAGGGCGGGGCCGGCGGGCGGGCGGGGCCCCUGGGGGGCGGGGCCGGCGGGGGCCCCGAGGGCCGCGCCGAGGACUGGGGCGGGGCCCGCGCCGAGAGCCCGCCGCCCGCCGGCACGCGGCUCAGCCCCCACCCGGCCCCCGCCGGCCCCGUGCCCAGCUCCUCCUCCUCCUCCUCGUCUUCGUCCUCGGCCGGCGGGGGGGCGGCGCCCGUCUCCGGCGCCACCCCCCCGCCCCGCACGCCGCCGCCGCCCGUCUCCGCGGCGCCGGCGGCGCGGGACGCCCGGGAGUCGUCGCCCGACUCGCAGACGGUGGACAGCAGCUGCAAGACCCCCGAGCCGUCCUUCCUGGCGGAGGACGGCCCCGCCCCUCCGGCCACGCCCACCCCGGCCCCCUGCAGCCCGCUGGGCCCCGCCCCCUCGCAGGCCGCCCCGGGCCCCUCGGGCCAGGACGACGCCCCCAAGGCCCUGGCCUCGCCCCCCUGCUCCUCCUCGUCCUCGUCGGCCUCGGCGGCGGGGGGGGGCGUCGGCCUCUCGCUGCCGCCCGCCUCCUCGGACCACAACUCCUCCUCCUCCUCCGUGUCGUCCUCCUCGGCCAGCAAGCCCCCGCCGCCGCCGCCGCCGCCGCCCGCCGCCCCCGCCGCCGCCGUCGUGCCCCUGCCCUGGAGCCUGCCCAGCGGCGUGGACUGCACCGCUGGGGGGGUGCUGGCCUUGACGGCUCUGCUCUUCAAAAUGGAGGAGGCGAAUAUCGCCAGCCGAGCGAAAGCGCAGGAAUUCAUCCACGCCACGAGCCAGAUCCUCUCUCAGGCCAAUCAGAGCCAGUCCCAGCAGCAUGCCCCGCCCUCCUCGGCCUCCUCCUCCUCCUCCUCCUCCCUGAACCCUCCCCCCUCCUCGCUGCCCUCCGGCCCCGCCCCCGGCCAGUUCCUCCUCACCAAGGCGCCCCCCGCCCACCUCCACGCCGGCCUCUCCCUGGGGGGUGGCUGCGCCCAGACCCCGCCCCUGCCCGCCGGGCUGUCGGGGAUGGGGGGGGACUCCGGGGACAUGGGAUGGGACAGUGAGAGCAAAGACCCGGACAAGUACCUGAAGAAGCUCCACACGCAGGAGCGCGCCGUGGAGGAGGUGAAGCUGGCCAUCAAGCCGUACUACCAGCGCAAGGACAUCAACAAGGACGAGUACAAGGACAUCCUGAGGAAAGCCGUGCACAAGAUCUGCCACAGCCGGACGGGCGAGAUCAACCCGGUGAAGGUCAGCACCCUGGUCAAGCUCUACGUGCAGCGCUACAAGUACUUCCGGAAGCACGGGCGCAACAUGGACGACGAAGACCGCGACCAUCAGCUGAAUUACUGAUCACGAUCACAGACUCCCCGCCCCCCCCCCCUCUCUCCUACAGACUGAUGAAGCCCCCCCCUCGCACGUUGAACUGGGCCUUCAGAGGCCAUUCCAGAGUGCUUUUAGGUUUUAACCUUUUUUGUAUCAUUUGAAUUCUUUGGUUUUAAUUCAGUGUCUGUUACAUUAGGGAGGGGGGCGUACACGCCCCGUAUACAAGAAGCCCAUGUUUAGUGUUCUGUGGGGGAAUACACUCUUGCACACACACCUGGGGAAAAAAAAAAAGUUGUACAUACUGUAAGUACACUAUGGUAACUUCAACGAGUUGUCUCUCUCUUUAUCUCUCUUUAUCGCUCUCUCGAUGUGAACUAUAUGCGCGCUGAACCUGUCCGUGAGCCAGGUACUAUGUUGGAAUGGAUAAAAGGAUGGUUUUGAACAUAGAA